AUCGCUACAAGACGCAGUCGACAGACUGUUAAGCCACCUUCACCCUGACAUCUGAUAGUUUCUUUUAGUUGGGUUCUCAUCUUCAUGUGAGUAAUUUCACCCGGGAGUUUAUUGCGUUUUAUGACUGGUAUUCCAAAGUUCGCGUAUGUACCAGCUCAUCAACCAGACUUAUUGUGAAGGCAGAUGUGAUACUAUUCAGUUGCCGAGACGAGACUGAAGGAAGGAAACCGAGUGCUUUCAAGCCAGUGAACCACACUCCCACUGAAUAUCUGAAAGCCGGUGAAAGACCCUUAUGGUCACUGUCCACAUACAAGCUUUUUAUAACUUACCAAGUAGAGUGUCAGCAUUUAGUGUGUUAAAGCUUAUGAAUGUAUCAUAUGGAAGGGUAUACUUCAAAUCUCGAGAUAUUGCCGGUUGUAUUUGACAAAAAUGAAGGAUCGAGUUUACAAUGCUUCUGUUGUGUUGUCGCUUAGUGGGAACGUGUUUCCACGGAAGCUCUUCUUAACACUAACUGAUAUAUCGUAGAUGAAAGUCUUUUCAGAAUUUUGAAAAAAAAGAUGCUAACUUCUUCAGUGAUGAAUUGUUCCACGAAGCAGCAGGAGGAGGAUGAAUUAUCUGCAAUGCGAUGGGCUAAAUUAUUGCCUGUACAUGAUUCGUGUAUGCAUGAGCUAUUUCAAGAAGUGAUUACUAUUGGAUCAUCUGAAGAAUGUUCCAUUCACGUCAAAGAUGACAAUGUCUCAGCUUCGCAUUGUAUGCUUAUCAAAGAUCCAGACAAUGUGAUCUGGUUGUAUGAUUGUAGUGAAGAUAAAGGGACACGAUGUAAUAAUGGUAAAUGGUUGAAUCAAGAGUGUAUCACCCUACAUAACGGGGAUUACUUUCAUCUUGUCUGGGAUGAAUUUGAUGAGAGUAAAAGAAUUGGAUUUUGUAUUCUACUAUCUGAUGAUAAUUAUCCGAAGGUGGAUCCUGUUGAUGGUGAAUGUUGUGAUGAUAAAGUCAAGAUAAUGAAGACGAUGAUGAUAACUCCUGUGGAAACGCAAACACAACCAUCAUCAUCUACAGAGUCUAUAAAGACGCCAUCAGCAUCAACAUCAAUGUCUGCAGACAGUGAAAUGGAGACGUGUUUAACUUGUGUGAUUUGUGGAGAUAUCUACUUUGAAUGUUGUAGUGUUCAACCUUGUCUACAUAGUUUUUGUACUCUAUGCUGGUUAAAAUGGCAGAAAUCGGAAUGUCCAAUGUGUCGUAAACACGUAUCAGCUUAUGCUAAAAAUCAUCAAUUGAAUGAUUUAGUCGAAGUGUUUCUUCGUAAAUAUCCAGAGAAAUCAAAGACUGUUGAAGAACAAAAUGAAAUUAAACAAGAAAUAACAAGAUUGGCAACUCCUACAAAUAAUUAUCAAAAUCGGCGAUACAAUAGGCGAAAUAGAAGACAAAGAGAAAGAUAUGCAGUGACUGGAGGUAUUGGUCGCAAUGGUUUAUUACACACUGGUGGUGGUGGCGGUGGUGCUACUACUUCCUCUAAUAUUUCACUUAUCAACGUUGAUGAAAUUACCCUGGCCAAUACUGCAUCAUCAUCAUCAGUUGUCAAUGAACUUACCCUGGCGAGUCCUACUCUUACUGUCAAUUAUCCAAUGAAUAAUACUGCUAUAGCAACUAUGUCAUCGUCGGUGUAUAUCCCGUUUAACUCUGGUUGUAUUUUUUGUUCAUGGGUGCCGCCAAAUGGUCGUCGUGAUCAGAGUGGUAGUAGGGUUGCUGGUGUUGGGAAUCCUGUUUCACGAGAUAAUGAAUGUGCAUCACAUUGUUUCUGUGCAUGUUGUCGUCGACCUAUGCCAAGUCAAACAUCACUGCAUCCACGUGGAAUGAAUACAAUUGAAUGUGAAAUAUGCCGGCAUACAUUUUGUUCCUUGAUCAAUCCCAAUGGUUGUACUGGAUGUAAUGGUUAUUGUUUAUCACGACUACAAGAUUUAACAAGAUACACCACAAUCCCUCGAACCUUAUUAUUGAAUAAUCGGAUAGAAACAGAAAUUUUAAAUAAUUAUUUAACCUCCCAAGGAAUAUCUAUACCACGAUUUAUUGAACAAUGUUUAUCAACAUUUAUCAGUUCAACAAUCAUAUAUCCAUCAUCAGUGUUAAAUGAAAAUUCUCUGGUUUGUACAAGUUGUGGAGAACAUGUGCUGAGUGAAUUAGCCUAUAAAUAUCGUUUAUCGAUAUGUUCAGACCAGUUGCCAGAUGAAGUUGUCCUAAAACCAAAUUGUUACUAUGGUCGAUAUUGUCGUUAUCAAAGUAAUAAUUAUCAUCAUGCUAGACGUUUUAAUCAUAUAUGUGAAAGAUCAUUUUAAAAAAAGGGAGAAAUGUGUACGUAUUAUUAUUAUUAUUUUGUAGUACUCCUUCCUCGUCUCUCUCUGUUAUGUCUAUGUAUGUUCUCUCUGUAAAACUGCCUUCUGCAUUGAUUGGUCGGGUUUCUUUUCUUUUGUGUUCUCAACUACACUGCCAGUUUUCAAACAAGCCACAAAAAUAUUGUUUUAAUGAAUUCAUCUUGUAAUUUCGGUAGAAGUGCUCCUCUUCAGCUGCUGAAUAUAUAUUCUACAUUAAUAUAUAUAGAAAUACAUUGGGAAGGGGGUGGUCACCUCGUACCUUACUUAUUAAUUGUCAUCAAAAACUUUCUUUUGUUAGUAUUAUUAUAAUUAAUUCAGUUUGAUAUUCGUGAUAUUCUCUCUUUCUGUGAUAAUUAAUGAACAUUGAAUUCAGUGUGGUGGGGAUUUAGCCGCCGACAUUGUUGAGCAUUACUCUGUUCAAAGAAAACAACAAGAUCAUGCAGCUGAGCUUCUCUAUGUGCAUUAUCAGUUCAUCUCCUCUCCUGUGGAGCUAGUUUCGGUUUUGUCCUUAUUUCUACAGCCUUAUUACCUUUAGAAUUAUGUCUACUAUAGAAGAUGAAAAGUAAUUAACCCAAAAUCAUUAUGUGUUUGACUAAUUUAUCUGUAUUCCUGAAGCUUUGGUCAUAGAAAAAGAAAAGAACCAGAGAGCUUUGUAUCCAGCAGAAAAAGUAUGUUCAACCACCCACCCCACCCUCCUCUCCCUUUUAUGGUCCUCAGUCCAUCUGUCUCAAAUCAUUAUAAUUCCUAUUUUUCCUUUUUUGUAUAUUCAAUUUGUAUAUAUAUAUAUACAUCCUUGCUUUUAAUUAUUUCGAUUGCUAUUAAUUAUGUAAUUAUUUUCAUUUUGAGCAAUUCUCAGAAUUUAUUUCACUUGUGUAUUAGCCUUUUCGAUAUAUUUCUGUGUAAUUAAUUCAAUAUAAUCAUUCAUAUGUCGUGUUAUCCAUAAUUUCUCACCUUGUUGUGUACUGCGUAAUGCUUUAAUUACCCACUAAUCUUCAGAUUUCUACAUUUCAUCCAUGAAUUAUUUUAUAUAUUUCUUUUCACCAAUCACACUUAUAAUUGAGAAAAAAAUCAUACAUAUAUACAGUUGUGUGUAAAGCUUGAUGAUAAUUUCGUUGAAAAUUGUCUCUUCAUUGAAUAAUCACACGUGCUUUGAAUUUCUUUUUAUUUUCGUCCUAAGUGGGAUUUUCGAUAAAUCUAAUAUUUGAUUUGUAGCUGGACUGACUAUUAAUAAUCCAUUACAAUCUUAAUUAUUUUCAUCAAAAAUUAUUAUCUAUCUACGUGUCAUGUCUUGGACGAUUGAUUCAUCAUUGUAGCUUAUUCACAUAUAUAUAUCUCCUAAGGUGCAUAUGGUGCUGAAGAGUUCUGCCGAAAUUGAAUGAUUUCAUUCAUUCAAUCGUUUUACUCUAUUAACAAUAUUUUGUUGCUUGUAUCAGAGAUGUGAAUGUUUCUAAUCUUUGAUGAAUGACAUCAUCAUUAGCUUUGCAUUUAUUUGAUUUCAUCAGCGCUGUGACACCUUAUUUGAUUCGAUUCAAGAGAGAGAAUGACAAUAACUUUUUUUUUUCCUUUAAUGUGUACAUAUAUAUGUCUAUCUAUUUAAGAUUC